CAGUACGACCUGUCAAGUGAUGGUUUUUCCUGGGUCAUUCCCAGGGAGGUGUUUGGCGGAUGAGUGAACACGCACAUACCCAGAGCAGUGGGCAGCCAUACGAACAGCACCCGGGGAGCAGUUAGGAGUGAGGUGCCUCGCUCAAGAGCACCUCAGCCCAAGGCCGUCCCAUAUUAACCUAACUGCAUGCAAACUCCACACAGAAAGCCCCUCACCGGCCGCUGGGCUCGGACCCAGAACCUUCUUGCUGUGAGGUGACCGUGCCGCCCGUACUACAGGUUAUAGGAUACAAUUACUAUCGGUUAUGGGAUUUGUGUAUCAGGUCACGCUGCUGUUGACGAGCGCUCCUGUGGAUAUGGGAGUGAACACCAACAAGUAGUGCGAUUUAUCCUGUGGUGGUGGUGGUUGCCAUCAUGGCCCCAGACUCUUCCCUGCAACCUCAAACCAUGCCCCCUCCUCCAGGAAAGCCGUGCAGCAGUCCCGUCCUUGCACACAGCUUGGAGGUGGGUCUUGAACCUCGAGGGAAACACUACGUGUGUGGCUCAGUGGCUGCGUUCACCAACAUCCUGAUCACCUUCCCCAUCCAGAAGGUGCUGUUCCGGCAACAGCUGCAUGGCAUGCGAGCCACGGAGGCAGUACGGCAGCUUCAAAGAGAAGGUUUACGGACCCUGUACCGUGGGCUGCUGCCUCCGCUGUUGCAGAAAACGACUACAGUAGCUCUCAUGUUUGGCCUGUAUGAGGACUUUUCACGGCUGCUUUUACGUCAUGGUGGGUCUUGCGGCGCUCCUGAAAUCCUCACUCGCAGCGCAGCGGCAUUUCUGGCUGGCACAGCCGAGGCAGCUCUGACACCGUUUGAGCGUGUGCAGACGCUGCUUCAGGAUCACCGGCAUGCGGGGCGUUUCCGUAACACAGCACAUGCCUUUGGCACGUUACUACGCCAGCAUGGAGUGCGCGAGUGCUACCGUGGCCUGAUACCUGUGCUGAUGCGCAACGGGCCCAGCAACAUGCUGUUCUUUGGACUGCGCGGGCCGCUCAGGCGACAGCUGCCUGAAGCCCACAGCCGCGCCGGACACAUGUUGAACGACUUUGUGUGCGGUGGGCUGCUGGGAGCCGCACUUGGCGUCCUCUUCUAUCCGCUGAACGUGGCAAAGUCCCGGGCACAGUCGCAGGUCGGAGGUGCAUUUGUGCCCUGCAGCCAGGUGCUCCUGACAGUGUGGAGAGAGCGGGGCGGGAGUGUGGCGAUGCUGUUCCGUGGCGCGACGCUCAACUACCACCGCUCGUUGCUCUCAUGGGGAAUCAUUAAUGCGACGUAUGAACUGCUGCUUAAAGUACUAUGAGGAGAGAAAGGAAGGCUCGUGGAGGAUGCUCAUCCCAGCUGACAAUAUUUGUUCUUUGCCACAGCACACUGUUGGAGCUUAAGGGCACUGCCACUUCCUUUUGUAUUCACCUACAGUUUUAACAGGGAUGUGUUUUAUGAUCAAGCUAAUUCUGUUCUGGUUUCAUAUUUGAUGUUCUGGAAACAACCACUGCCCAGUUUUACACACUCACGUCCUUCAUUGGGAAGAAGUUAUAAGGCUUAGAGAUGGGAAUCAAGACUAAGUGUUAUGACUGAACAGCAUUCAUCUGUAUGGAAAGUCAUGUUUGUACUAAUCCUAAUAAACACACUCUUUUUUGCAUGGACCAUA